AUGUCAAUAUCUUCCGGGAGUUCGGUGGGCGGCGACGACGGCGAUCUGCUGAUUGAGGAGGGCGAGGACCUCGAUUUCUACGCCGUCCUCAACUUGCCGAAAGAUGCCACUGAUGAGGAGAUCACGAAGGCCUAUCGUCGACGUUGUCUCGUCUUCCACCCGGAUCGCCACGUCGAUGAGGAUGACAAGAAGACGGCUGAGCGCGUCUUUGUCCAGAUUCGCAGGGCUCAUGAGGUCCUAAGCGAUCCGAAGAAACGGGCCAUUUAUGACGCUCUCGGAGUGCAAGGCAUCGAUGCUCAAGGCUGGGAGCUGGUUUCAAGGUCUUCUAAUCCUGAAAACAUCAAGAAGGAGUAUGAAUUCCUCCAACGACUGCGCGAGAAUGAAAUUAUGCUCACGAGGACUCAUCCAACAAGUUCGUUCAUGCUGAAGACCUCGCUGGCGGGGCUUUUCGUGAAGAACAAGGAGGAGCGCUACAUGCCGCAGUUUGUCGGCCUCGCGCUCACGCAGGGUGUCGACUGUUCGUUGACAGGCAAAGAUCGCGUCGGACUGACAGGGCGUGUGAAGACGGGAAAUGGACGAGGUGAUGGUAGCGCGGCGCUGACUUGGAAAAGAGGUGUCGGGCAGUUUAAUAUGGAGAACAUGAUCUCAAUCUCGGGCGAAUCGAUCGCCGCUCAGUGCCGUCUGGCCCGUUCCGUGUUCCAGAGGGCCGCCAUCAUCGUCCAGCCGUCGCUGCAGUAUAUGUACCUUCAGGGCGUGUGCAUGCCCACCCUUCAAUUGAUCUAUUCGAUGCGGCUUCGUCUUCGAUGGCAAGGCUCGAUCAUUCUGGCGCUCACUCCGGUGCAAAGCGCUAUCACCACAACGAUUGUGCACACCGAGAACAACCAACCGAAAGCCAUCGCCAACUUCACACUUGCCCCGGCGAACCCAAACGUGCGCCUCGUCUACAUCAGUCGGGACGCGAGCCUCGACUCUUUUACCGAGAUGGCCUGCACGUUCAGCAUGUUUGGGCUUUCCCCGUCGAUCCAGAUGGAGAGGAGGCUUUCGCGGUAUUCCCGCUUUGGCGUCGGCCUCAGUUUGACGCUGCCAUCGUGUAUGCUGGUCGCUAAGUUCAAGGUGAAAAGCGGGCAUUUCCUCUACGAUUGGCACAUCGUUCUGUGCGAUGACAAGGACGAGGUGGCCCGAUCAGCUCUCUACGGUGUCGUGUUGCCCGUCAUGGCCUUUCAGGCGUUCAAAGCCAUUUUCCGGCCGUUCUGGGAGCGCCUUACCGCGGUGUUUGACGAUCGAACGCAGGAGCGUGAGGUCGACAUGGCCAAGCAGGAGGAGAGCCAGCGGGUGAUCACUCUCAUGCGUGGGACAGCCGACCGGAUCCGCAAGGACGAGGAGAGCAAACAGGGCGUCAUAAUUCUGCAGGCCAGAUACGGCGUGAGCUCGCCCGACUCGGCGGCCAACUACCCGCUGGCCGGUGACCGAUCGAUCGAUGUGGUCAUCCCGCUUCAGGCGAUGGUCAACGAUUCCCAGCUACGCAUUCAUUCCUUCAACAAGUCACAAUUGCCCGGCUUCUACGACCCGUGCCCGGGAGAUGACAAAGUGCUGCACGUGCGCUACCAGUUCAGAGGCGAGAUGCACGCCGUCACCGUGGCCGACGAUAUGCCGUUGAUCAUCCCAGUUCGAUCGCAUCGCGUCGCUUCAAGCCCU